CGGUGCGCGGAAUGGGCAGGUGCUGCUUCUACGCGGUGGGGACGCUGUCCCUGCUGUUGCUGGUGACCAGCAUCACGCUGCUGGUGGCCCGAGUCUUCCAGAAGGCCGUGGACCAGACGAUCGAGAAGAAUAUCGUGUUAAGGAACGGUUCCGAGACCUUUGACUCCUGGAAGAAGCCCCCUCUGCCCGUGUACACCCAGUUCUAUUUCUUCAAUGUCACCAAUCCAGAGGAGAUCCUCAAUGGGGAGACCCCUCGGUUGGAAGAAGUGGGGCCAUACACCUACAGGGAACUCAGAAACAAGGACGAUAUUCAAUUUGGAGAUAAUGGAACAACAAUAUCUGCUGUGAGCAACAAGGCCUAUGUUUUUGAACGAGACAAAUCUGUUGGAGACCCGAAAAUUGACUUACUUAGAACAUUAAAUAUUCCUGCAUUGACCGCCAUGGAAUGGACCCAGCUGCCCUUACUCCGGGAUCUCAUCGAGGCCCUGCUGAAGGCCUAUCGGCAGAAGCUCUUUGUGACCCACACGGUGGAUGAACUGCUCUGGGGUUACAAAGAUGAAAUCUUAUCCCUCAUCAGUGCUUUCAAACACGACAUCUCUCCUUAUUUUGGCCUGUUUUAUGGGAAAAAUGGGACUAAUGAUGGAGACUAUGUUUUUCUAACUGGAGAAGACAAUUACCUUAACUUUACCAAGAUUGUGGAAUGGAAUGGAAAAACGUCGCUUGACUGGUGGACAGCAGAUGAGUGCAAUAUGAUCAAUGGAACAGAUGGAGACUCUUUUCACCCAUUAAUCACCAAAGAUGAAAUCCUUUAUGUCUUCCCAUCUGAUUUUUGCAGGUCAGUGUAUAUAACUUUCAGUGACUUUGAGAGUGUCCAGGGACUGCCUGCCUUGAGGUAUAAGGUGCCUGCAGAAAUAUUAGCCAAUACCUCGGACAACGCUGGCUUCUGUAUACCUAAAGGAAACUGCCUGGGCUCAGGAGUUUUGAAUGUCAGCGUCUGCAAGAACGGUGCACCUAUUAUUAUGUCUUUCCCACACUUCUACCAGGCAGAUGAAAAGUUUGUCUCUGCCAUUGAAGGCAUGCAUCCAAAUAAGGAAUAUCAUGAGACGUUUGUGGACAUCAAUCCUUUGACUGGAAUUAUCCUAAGAGCAGCCAAGAGGUUCCAAAUCAACGUUUAUGUCAGAAAAUUAGAUGACUUCAUUGAAACAGGAAACAUUCAAACCCUGGUUUUCCCAGUGAUGUAUAUCAAUGAGAGUGUUCUCAUUGAUAAAGAGACUGCAAGUCGACUGAAGUCUGUGAUUAACACUACUCUGAUUGUCACCAGCAUACCUUAUAUUAUCAUGGCGCUGGGUGUGUUUUUUGGUCUGAUCUUCACCUGGCUUGCGUGCAGAGGACAGAGAUCCACGGAUGAGGGAACUGCAGACGAAAGAGCGCCCCUCAUACGAACCUAAUCCAACCGUGAGCCGUGCCUGGGGAAGGAAGCAUGCGCACUGUUGUGACUUGGGCCAUGAUGACGUGGGGCGACCAUCUGUGUCCUCACGGGCUUGUCGCCUGCUGAGACAGGAGGACACCCCGUGCCGGCGUGUGAUGAGCCCCUUCCAGCAGAGGUUCAGGAACAGGCUGACCUGGUUGGCCGUUAGGAUCCUGUGGUCCCUGACAGAUUGUUUUGUUUUUCAUGUGUCUAGCAAGUAUUUAAUAAACGCUUGUAAUUUUUUGUUAUUGUUGGGUGCUGGUAGCUCCAGAAGUUUGUGACCACUGUCGUGGUUAUAAUGUCUUUGCAUCACUUGUUAAUGCUACUUGGUCUAACCUUAGUACUCUUCAUUCACCAGACUUUGUGCUCAGAAUACAUAAAUGUUACUUUAGGUUGUAUUCCUCCACCCAUUUCAUCCACCAAACAGAAGUAAAUAAGAGUUCGGAAUGCAGGGUAAAAUGGUAAACAUCAUUCAGUAGUAUUCAAAGGCAUUUAAUUUCCUCUUUUGAAAAAGUACAUAUUGCCUUUCUUGUGAAUCUUCAGUUCAUAAUUCCUCCAGGAUGAUAAUUCAGUCUUCUGACCAACUUUCACCCAGGAUAGGAAUCAAGCGGGGAAGGGGUUGGUGGGGUGGUCCCCAGGAGUUGAUAGCGAUAAGCACCUGAGGAUUUUUGACUUGUACUUUUGUGAAUUGAGAGAAUGCAUAAAUAAUGUUGGUGAGGACAAGUACAGAUGUUUCAUAUAGAAUAGAGUGCUAGUUAUGACCUUCGUGGGUAGUUUUUUUUAAGUCAGAAUGAUCUUGAUGUGGAAAGGUGUUUCUGGGAAAAUGUAAUCAGUAAAUGAUUUUUUCCCCCCGAACCACCCUUGCCAAAUACAGCUGUGUUAACUACAGUACUAUUGAGUGAUUAUUUGUAAAAUUAUUUAUCAAUGUAGGAAAUCUAUCUAUCCACAACCUAACUUACACUUAAGUUUCAGGAAGUCUUACUGCACUAAAUACACAUUUCUUCUGGGGCAGUCUUCUUGGGAACUCUGAAAUUGUUUUUAUGAGUUGUUCUCUCCUCAGAUUCAGUUCCUUCUGGUGUUUUGUGGCUCACUAUCACUCACUGAAUAGAGAAAAAUGUGCCCUGCGCUUCCUGUGACAAUCGUUUUGCUGACAGAUUGAUGGUGUUUUAAAAUAAUUGCACAGGAAGUACUUUUAAGAAAGGUCACUUGGUGUCAAAAGCAGAGCCACCUGUCUGCAGAAGACCUCUUGACUCUCAAUGUAACCUGAGUUAGGAUUGAGAACGAUCCAUUGUCACAGAAUUCAAGCAUAUUUAAGGGCAGUUUCUCUGAUUCUUAAUGCUCACCAUUCAUUUUGGAUUGAGAAACUUGUACAGUUAAUCUGGCAGACCACACAGAGAACUUCUUAACAGUUGAAUCAUUCUGCAGGAUUUUUUUUGUUUAAAACGGGAUUUCAGUGUAAGCAAACGAGGGAAAAAAGCCACAGAUUUCACAAAUAUAGCUUAUGAUCCCGGUAUGGAGGCAAUAAAUCAUUUCCUUGCCCCAAUUUGCCUACUCUCUACACUAAAGCAAUAUGUAAUGUUUCCCUUUUUUGAAGGAGCAAUUCAUUAAACUCUCAGUUUCUCUAUACAUUAAGAUAGAACCUAUAGAUACCCCAAAUCACCAAAAUGUGAGAUGCUAAAUUGAAGUUAUUUUGUCUUUAGUAAUGCCAAAUAUCUAGAUGUUUUAAUUCAUCAACAUUUAACUAGAUAAUUGGGACAUCUUACUGUUAUGCACCCACUUAUUCACACAAACAAAACUGAUAAGUCAAUGCAUACCCAUUUAUUCAUUCUAUUAUCAAGAUAUAAUCAUCUGAGAGGAGGAAAUUUUUAAAUACUAUGAUAACAGUUAAAGAUGUACACGUUUUGACUGAAUCCCACACAGCCAGGGACCCCAAAACAUUAUUUUCAUAUGAUUCUUAAUAGUUACUUGGCUUAAAAAAAUCACAUUUGAUAUUUUCCUCCUAAAAAAUCUGUGGCAAACCCAUAUGCUGCAGUCAAGAUUAUAGACUGGUUAAGAACGCAUGUACCUAUUUGGUUUUCAGUUGAAAAAUAACAAACCAUUCCUCAUGAUCAUUUUUGUGGAGCUGUUAUCCUAGACAGGCUCCCAAAAUCUUUGUGACUGUCACAAUCAAAGAAUACCAUGUCCUGUACUAUGAUGCUCAAUUUACAGAGAAACCCAACACAGAGAGGUUACCUCCCUUCUCUCGGGGAAAACUGGGAGUUGAACACAGGACAGGAAAUGGGCUUUGCCACUUUCCAUUCCAGGCUUCUCCCACUAGACUUUAUUCUAGAAAGAUCACUAAUGGUCAAGCAGGGCAGGUACUCCACAACUAACUUCUAUUGGGGUUUUUACUUAAGAGAGACUAAUUCUUUAUUUCAAUUGCUUGAAACGAGAGUUCUGUAAAUGGUGACCUCCAUCCUUGGCCCUUUAGUACUAUCACUGGGAUUAAUUGCUUGUGACUAUUAAAGAAAAUGCUGCCCAGAAUGUCCUUCCUGUAGUUUAUACUGCUGGUUCCUUUCAUGUGAUUCUUGACAUGUGUAUUUCUACCCUUAAUGCAAUGGAAUAUUUCACUAAUAAAAAACUUUCUAUGAAA